AUGGACGACCGCGAAGACCCAAUCUCCCAGUUCUUCCCCGGCAACAACGAGGUCGAUCUCUACGACGUACUCUCUGUCAAAUCGGAUGCCACCUCAGACCAGGUCAAGAAAGCCUAUCGCCGCCUCGCACUCACAUACCACCCCGACAAACACGCCACCGCCAGUGACUCGGCCAAGGCGGACGCGUCUCUCAAGUUCCAGCAGGUCGGCUUCGCGUAUGCCGUGCUCUUUGACGAGAAGAGAAGGAAGCGGUACGACCUGACGGGGAAGACGGAUGAAGGCCUCGACCUCGCGCCUGGGGAGGACGGCUGGGACGCGUACUUUGAGGAUCUGUUCGAGAGUGUCACGAGAGAGAAGCUGGAUGAGCACAAGAAUGAAUAUCAGGGCUCUGCGGAGGAGGUAGAAGAUAUUAGGAAGGCGUAUCAUUCCUGCAAGGGUGCCAUUGGAGAGAUCAUGAAACAUAUUCCCCACUCGACUCACGACGACGAAGCGCGGUUCGUUCUCGUCAUUUCGGACCUUAUCCGCAACGGCGAACUCUCAUCGCUACCCAAGUGGGAGUCGAGCAGCAAGGACGAGAAGGCGAGACUCGUCCGCAAGAAGCAGAGCGACAAGGAGGCGAAAGAGGCGGAGGAACUCGCAAAGGAGCUGGGCCUAUGGGAAGAUUUCUACGGGAGUGGAAAGCCGAGCUCGAAGAAGGGAAAGAGAAAGGGCAAAGGCAAGCAGCAGGACGAGGAUGAAGAUGGCGGGGAAGACCAUUCCGCGCUGCAGGCUCUCAUCCUGAAGAGGAAGAAGAAUGUGGAUGGCUUUUUAGACAGUCUCGCUGCCAAGUAUGCGGAGCCGGAGCGUGGCGCGAACGCGAAGAAAGGCUCAAAGCGUCGUGAUGGCCCAGUGGAUGACGAGGAGUCACCUAAGAAGAAGACAAAAAAGAGUUUCGAUCCCCCUGACAUAGAUGACGAAGAAUUCGAGAAAUUGCAGCAGAAACUGUUCGCAGACAGACCGAAGGGCGGAAGUGCACCAGGUGAAAAAGGAAGGAAAGCAAAGGCUGAAGGUUGGAAAGCGCGAUGA